GUGUUAUUUAAGUCAGUUGGGUUGAUAGUGUGGCUUAGGACUUUAAAAUAUGAAAACAUUUAAGAUAUUUGAACUUUUAUUGGCGCUUUUAUUAGGAUGCACGAGAGAAUCAAAAUCGAUCGGUUAUGACCCAACGGACAGCAUACAAAUCAACUAUGAUAAUUAUGACAAUGGUCAAACGGAUGUAUCCAAUACUGAAGAAUGUUUUUGUUUACCGAAAAGUCCUCAAGGAAUUCAUAUUUCAGAACAUCUUUCAUUUGAUGGUGAACAAGACAGAUUGAUCGUUUACUUGUACAAAAAUAAAAAUGACAAAGUUAUUGUAUACAUCCCAAACAGAGAAAAACAAAUUCGCUUACCAGAUCUUACACUCGACGACGAUGAUGAACUAGAUCAAAUUGAUACAGAAAAAAUCGCGGAUUUGUUUUAUAUUUAUUCAAAAUUGACCGUCCCCAAUGCUGAACCAAAACCAGAUUUGCAAAAUGUUUUUGACAGCACUCAACCAUCUAACAUUAAUCCUCCGUAUAAGUCAAUUAUUUUUGGGAAUCUAGAAGGUGUUAUACCUGAAAUGUAUAAUCCUUCCAAUAAUGAAAUAACAUUCUUGCCAGGAAAACGAAUAACACCACUAAUUAAAUCAGGCAAUAACAUUCAUAUUAAUUUAGAAAACAAAUUUCCAAAUUCAAACGAUCGUAUUUCAUUUAAUCCCGGUGUUGAUAAAACAUUCCCAGCAAUAUCUGACGCUCUUAGUUCACCAGAUACAAGUGGAAACGGAAUGAUUUUUGGACUACCAGGCGUUACACCUGAUAUACCUAACGUAUCUGAAUAUGUACCAAAUCACAAAUAUUUUCCAAGUAUAAAUGGUCUAGUAGGAAAUGUGAAUCUGAACGCAUAUAAAUUUCAACCCGCUGGAAAGAAUGAGAAUUUAGUAAAAGGGCUUCCAUUUGAUAAUAUGCCGAAUAUACGAAACCCACUUAAUGAAAACAAUAUAAAUCUAAACCCUGAAACUUCAGAAAAUGAUAGUAAUUUUUUUUUAAAACUACCAGUCAUAUUUAAACCUAACAAAAAACUUCAUCUGCCCUCAGAGCAGCACCAAAAAGACGAUAAGAUUUCCUUUUUUAAUGAUAUUAUCAAUGUUCCGACCCCUGAUGUAGUUGAAGAAUAUAAAGCUGAUGUAAGUAAUGCAGACAAUUUUCGCUUUCGCCCCCAAAAAGAUGCAUUUUAUACUCCCUAUAAACAACAUUCUUAUCAGCUAAAUACAUUGCCUGGAAAAGGAUUUGACAUGUGGUUUCAGAAACAAAUCGCAUUAAUACAACAAAAUAGACAUUCGAAAUCACAAGCGAUAAAUAAAAACGAAUUAAGAUCGUUCAUAUUGAAUGCGUUACAUAAAAACGGAAUAAUGGUAAACAACGAUGGCAAUUUAGUUGAUACAGAUGGUAAUUUUUUAGAUUUAGCUAACCUUCAACUCCGUCCAAUUUUAUUAGGAGAUCCUACAGAAUACAAUAAAUUAGUAGCUACGCAAAAAUGUGUCAUACCGCACAAAUUACCGUAUUUAGAAGCAGUUCUUGUAACUCUAACGUAUCCACCAAAAAUUUUGGGUAUAGUACCUUUGGGAAAGACUUUUAAACAAGUACUACAUGAGACUAAACAACUUUGUAAUAUCGGAAAGGAUCGUGGAAAUAAACAAAAUUGUCAGGGUAAUCAAUGUAACAAAGACAAAAUAAAUUUACUAUUAGACAAAACCCGUACGUCAGUUUACUUGAAGCCAAAAACCAAAAAUCUUCUUAAUACAUUUAUAAAGGAUGAGGUGAAAGACGUCUCGAUCAAGAGUGGCAUAAUCAGCGAAAACACCCCGUCUAUAGAGACCAUUAAAUUGCCUGAUGAUUUAGAAAAUAAUAAAAUAGAAGACCAAGACGAUUCACUGGAUUUAAAGAUUGUUGGAGGUAAACCGGCAGUAAGCAGUGGCGUAAUUGUCCAAAACAAGGGACGAUCUGCACAGGUUUUCGAUUGAUUCUAAAAUUAAAUUGAAAUAAAUAUCUAAUAUCUUGUAA